CUUAUUUGCUUGCUUUUGACAAUGAAAUUAGUUAAUUUAUGUGUUCAAUUUCAUAAUGUGCCCUCUAAGACAUUCAAAUAGGCUGGAGUAGCAAGUAGAUUCCCUAGUUCAAUUGUGUUUCCAUUCACAAAUAGGGCUUUUUAUUCUGGGCGGUAGGGCUGAAAGAGGCCGUGUCACCCAAUAGCGUGAGCUCUAUUGUAUCUGUGAAAGGCCCCAGCAGCACCAUGGGUAUUGUGUUCUCAAGAGGGGAAUCAGGUUUCCUUGACAACCGCAGGAUGCGUACCCAGAGGCCUAGGGACAGAGAAAAGGAGGCCAGAGAAGGAGGGAAAGAGACAAAAAACAAAUGAGACUUUCCAGUCCCGCGUUUUCUCCAGCUUUUUUUUUAUCAGGUCUUUUUUGAAAGAGGGAGCGAUGGAGGAGGUUGCCGCCCGGUCGUGACGGAGCCUUAGAGCGUUUGUGUGGUCUGUGUGUGUGUUUGUGUGUGUGUCUGCGCUGAAUCGGUGAGUACGCCUAGCUGUUCCAAUGUCUUUAUAACUCUGGCUUAUAGACCACACAGAGUAACAAAACAAAGGGACUGAAGUAUUGGCACAGUUUGUGACAUUUAUCAGUGUAUCAUUAACUUUCAAUAGGAAACACAAAGGCACACGUUGAGCCACUUUUACGCCUCGUCAAAACUAUGACUGAAUAUGGAAGGGGAUUAAUAUAUUCCCAUCAGUGUAAAUGGAAACUAUGAUCCAACUGUCCGUGAUGUGGUGUUUUGGACUGAAUGGUGAUCUUCUACACAAAGGAAACCAUUUUGACCCUAUCUGCCUUAUCUUCACUUUUGAGAACAGUGGAAAAAAAAAAAAAAAAAGAUUACCAGAGGCAGCAUCUCUGCGUUUCUUUUUCCAAGUUAUUGCACUAUUGACUGAUAAUAAUUCUUAUUUCUUCUAAUGUAUGAUUUUCUGUUUUGACAGUCAGGCCCACAUCUUGACUCUGGAUCAUGCGUUUUACACUGCGACCCCGGAGUGGCUGCUUGGUGCUGUGUCUUUCUGUCUCUCUGCUCACCCUGCUGCUGCAGAGCCUCUGGGUGCCUCCAGAGAUGACCAGAGAGGACCCGGCAGGUGCAGGGAGGUCUCCCGAGGAACAGGGUCACCAUGGUAACAGCGUGCGAAGACUGGCUCUACGCUUAGAGGCUCUGAGCUCUCAGGUGCAGCGGCUAGCGAGGGAGAGAGACGCUCCCCAGCCUGCUAAAGAGGAACUUACCAACCUUCUGCAAAGUCUCCGGCAGGACCAGGAGGGCUUGGUGCGGUCCGUGGAGAGAGAGCUACAGAGAAUGGCCCAGAAGCUGGAAAGCCUCGGUCAUCAGCCCCACACACCACGACCACAAGACGACCAUAGACCGCAGACAGGUCUCCGUGAGGUUUGUGAGGUGCCCAAGGACCCUGUGUAUCCCUACUGUGCUGAGAAAGUUGAGUUCCUGCAAGCCCGUUGGGACUCAGACCUCUGCUAUGCUUUCUACGGGGUGGAUGGUACCACCUGCUCCAUCCUGACCUAUCUGAGUGAGAGAGAAGACUUCUGUCCCCCCCACCCUGGAAGAAACCAUUCAGCACCACCAUGGCACCAGCAACCACGCACCCACAAAGAGAAGGCAGAGGUCCGGACGACUCUGAGGCCAUUGUAUGAGGUGUUUGGUGGAAUUCAGGGUCCUGCAAGAAGGUUCAUCCGGUCCAGGGUGGAGAGGCUGUCUACAUGCUGGAUAAAGGCGGGACAUAGGAUACGAGAGAACACCACUAAGACGACUUCACUGCAGAAGAGGGUCCUGCUGUACCCGGGGGUCCUGUCUGGGGGUGCAGGCCAGCGGUUCGGGGCCAUGGUGGACCAAGGGGGGCCUCUGGGGGAGCUGGUGCAGUGGGCUGACCUCAGUGCCUCUCUCUUCAUCCUGGGUCACAAUCUGACCUUUACCACCUCCCAGAACCACCUGCGCAGUGUGAUAGGUGCAGCCCCGGGUAAAGGAAGCUGCCCCAUCCAGAUGCCCCUGCCCUUUGACCUCAUCUAUACAGACUACCACGGCCUCGCCCAUCUCCAGGGAGCCAUGGGGCUGGCCUUCCAACACUACCAAUGCCGCUUCCGAAUCCUUGACUCUUUUGGUACGGAACCGGCUUUCAACCUAGGGACGUAUGCCCGGAGCCAUGGUUACAACACGCUAUGGGGAAGCUGGCGUCUACAGCCACUGCAGUACAUGACCAUGUUCCCUCAUACCCCUGACAACUCGUUCCUGGGGUUUGUGAGUGAGGAGGCGAUGGUGGAGCAGGAAGAGAGGGAGGAGGAAGUGGAGCCAGGGCCUUACAGGAAGGACAACACGGCUGUGGUCUACGGGAAACAGGACUACAUGUGGCAGGGCAAGGAGCGUUAUCUGGAGGUGAUCAGUCAGGAGCUGGAGACCCACGGCACAGUGUACCAGCCUCCAGGCCACUCCGCUCGGCUGCCCAGUAACAUCAUCAACCACGGCCUGCUGACCCAGGAUCAGUUCUUACAGCUCCUCAGAAGAGCCAAGGUGUUUGUGGGCCUUGGGUUUCCCUAUGAGGGUCCAGCUCCUUUGGAGGCCAUAGCUUUAGGGUGUGUCUUCCUCCAGCCGCGCUUCCAGCCCCCUCGCUCCUCUGAAAACAGUGACUUCUAUAAAGGGAAGCCCACAACACGACAGGUCUCCUCCCAGCACCCCUACGCUGAGGAGUUCAUCGGUAAACCCUACGUUUGGACCGUGGACAUGACCAACACUACUGACGUUCAAGAGACGGUCAGGGCUAUUCUACGCACAGAGGUCAAGCCCUUCACCCCUCGAGAGUUCACCAGUGAAGGGAUGCUGGAAAGGGUCCAUGCUUACAUCACUCAUCAGGACUUCUGCAGCGUGUCCUUCCCUACCUGGCCACCUGAGAGCGCUCUGAGAAUACACCUGGGCCCCCUGGGCCAGUCGUGUGUGAGUGUUUGUCGACGUGCCUCCCUGGUGUGUGAGCCGGCACUGUUCCACCACCUCAACAACCCCGCAGCGUUCACCAGACUGGGCCUGUCCUGCUCCAGCAUGGACCAGGAAGUGGACAACCAUCUAUUUCCUGCCUACAGCCCGUGGGGUCGUCGCUGCGGCCUGCAGCGGGAGCGUCUCCUGUUCAGCUGCGCUGGGUCCGACCCUGUCCACCGCAGACUCUGUCCCUGCAGGGCCCACCGGGCGGGACAGGUGGCGCUGUGUCCUGACUGCCUCUAAGGGGCAGACUCUCAGGAUUCUCAUUGGAGAAAAAGGAGGAAAUGGAAGGUUGAAGUGCAUCCUAUGUCUGGGGUCAUGUUCACUAGGCACGAAACAAAAGAAAACCAACUGAAAUGGAGAGGUGCUAUCUGAACUUGUCCAAGGAGAAAUGCUUUUUUUUCGUUUUCUAUUGCAAAAUGUUUUGUUACAGUGUGCCCUGAUGAACACAACCCUAGGCUCUUCACUCACAGGAAAUGGAUGUCACGUUCCCGGUUUAUCUGAUAUCACUCAGGAAGAAAGAAGAUAUAGAGCCCUGAUCCGUCAUGUCUCCUCAGUUGCACAAAGGAAUAGGAGUAACAUAGGCAAAAUACGUUUUCUGUCUCUCCAUAUAGGCCUGACAUUACUUGGCCUCACACAGGAUAUAUCAGUGUUGUGUCCUUUCAUUCCCAGUAUAUCUGAUAUCUCUCUGCCUUUUCCUAUGUGGCCUGUAAAGUGACCACAACCUGUCAUACCAGAGGUCACUCUAUGACAAACUGAGUCAGGCCGCAUUUUUACAACCAGAGUCCAUCACAUCACAUUCAGGUAAUAGCUUCAACAGAGGGCCAUCACUCAUUGAUGUGGGGUGUAUGUAUCAUGAGGUUAAACACAAUGUUGCAGGUGGAAAUGUGACGUGUAGUGCUGACAUGACCCACAGUUCUAAAUGACAAACAGCCAUACCUGAUCUACACAAUAGAUUUCUAUCGUAACGUUCUCUUGAACAGACUUCCAUAGUAGUGGUGGACUGGGGCGUGUGGGAUUACUAGCCAUGUACAAUGGCCGCUCGCGUCGCAUCGCCGGCCCUGAAUAUUACCUCAGUCCUCCUCGGAUGUGUGACAGAGUAAAUAAUGGGGGCCAGAGCCAUGUAUUUAGAGUUAGGCCAAAUUUUUGAAUUUUGAAUAUUGUUCUAAUUAUAGACGUUCAGUUACAUAGUAUUAAGUAUUCCCCAUGUAUUGUUAAUGGGGAGCUAAAAUGUCAUGUAAGUGCAUCAUAAUACAGAAAUCAUAUUGGCCCAACUCUCUAAAUACAUGGCUCUGAUGGGGGCCAUUAUCAGAGUGAAUCAUGGGUAAUCAGCACUGAAUGUCUUUGAGAGGGCAAUGCAAUAAGACCACGAUUAUUCCCUCAUAUAAACACACUCAAAAUGCUGUACUAUAUACUAUGUGUACUGUGUAAGAUAUGUGUUUAUAUGACAGAAUAUUAAUAGUGUUAUUGCCCUAUUGCCUUUUGAUAUGAUAUAUCUAUAGUGAUCUGGCUGAACUUGUAGAGAGGACGAUUUUGAAGGACGAUAUCCUGCUCAGGAGCGAGCGUUGAACUGAACUAACAAACAAACCCGAGCCAAAUGAAGUGAGGGGUGAUGGGUCACAAAAACGAGUGUGGAGGUUGGGAAGCCUGUAUUCUCGCCUGGCUUCUUCCAUCACCCUUUUCUCUACAUAUAAGAGUGAGGGAAGAAGUGAGAGACCGAAACAGACGUAAAUGAAUAGCACUAAACUGAGGGCUCUUAUCUGUUAGAAGUGAUCGGGUGGGGGCUUACACAGUGCAGCUGCUAGCCUAGCUUCAGUCCAAGUCCUUGGACUGUCUAUGGGCUCCUUCACCUAAAACUAGAAAACUGAGAGAGGGUUUCUCAGAACAGACACACGUGAUUACCGUGACUGUCCCAAUGCACUCCGCGUAACCCAAACACAGCACAGCUCAGGAAUUGGACGGGACCACUCAGGGCUGUGACAGGAUUGGUCGACAGGAUGACGGACAGCUCAGUGACUGUAAAACGGCUGUCUAAAAAAAACAGUGGAACUGACAUAAGCAGAAUGUUUAGCAAAUUCAGCUGGCCCUGUCAAGUGAGACUUGAAUGUGAUUUGACGAACGUUCCAAAGAUGAUAAGAGUGAGUGGACUUGUGUUUUGUUUCAAGGCACUGUUCAUCAGUUACGGAAAAUAAAAUUGUACUUGACUCAAAGGAAUUAUACAAUGAGAAAUAAGAUCAUUGGGAAAUGUUGUGUAAUUUUGUGACUCACACUCACUGUUUUGUUUAAAGGUUCUCACAUAACACUUGACAAGCUGAUAAUGUAAGGUUAUAGAAGGGCUAAGAUAAAAUAAGAUUGUAAAAUAUAAUACAAUAUAAUAAAGUAUUUUUUUUACUCUUUAAUAUUGACAUUAUUGGAGCAUGACUGGCAUACUUUAGGUGCUACCAAUAGCUACACACACUGCUAGAUCUCCAAAGCCCACAAACGACAAACAACAUGUCACAAUUCUAGGGUGGCAUCUGUAAACUAUACAGUGCCCUCCACUAAUAUUGGCAUCCUUGGUAAAUAUGAACAAAACGGGCUGUGACAUUUUUUAUUUUCUGUUUAUCCUCUGUCAUUCAAAAUAUUCACAAAAAUCGAACCUUUAAUUGAAAUAAAAUGAUUGAAAAAAAUGUAUGUGAAAUAAAUUAAAUA